UGUUCUGGCUUAUUCGCUGUGUUUUUGGAACCCCUUUGUGUUUUCUGGAUUACCUUUGUUUGGACUUUGCCUUGAGCUCUAUGGAAGUUUUGCUGAAUAAAUCUUUUGUUUGAACUGCAUCCUCCUCUUGCCUUGCCAUUGUCUGCACUCAGCGCUCCCCGUGACCAGAUUAGGAUGUUUCUCCUGUUUUGCAUCCUUUGCCUGAUGCCUCCAAGUGGCUACAGUCAGCUCAGUGGUCCACCUGGUUCACCUGGUCCACCUGGUCGACAUGGUCCAUCUGGUCCCAAAGGUGAACGUGGAUUUACUGGGCCAGCGGGACCUCCUGGAGUUCCUGGACCUGCUGUAAUCUGUGGACGAGAUGUGUUUGGCUCCAUUAACCAGGACCUUGAAGCCUUAAAGAACAGCCUUGCUAAGUUAGAGCUGGCUACAAACUAUGUUUUUUUCCGGAGGGUUGGUCAGAAAUACUUUGUGUCUAAUAAGGAGAGAGGCUCUUUCUCUGGGGCCACAGAGUUCUGCUCCCAACGAGGCUUGGAGCUGGCUUUGCCCCAGAACGAGGAGGAGAACAGAGUACUGACUCAAGUGUUUGGGGAUGUUGACAAAAUGGCCUGGAUCAACGUCAACAAUAAAAAAGCAGAGGGGAAUUUUGCAACAGAUCUGAAAAAUCGACCUCUGACCUUUACCAAAUGGGGAGAAGGGCAGCCAGACAAAUCCAUCCAGGACACAGGCUGCACCAUGCUGUCAGAAAAUGGUGUUUGGCGAGUGACACACGAAUGCUCCUUAAAUGCUUACAUCAUUUGUCAGAUAUAGAAGGUUCUUAUAUCAUUGCUCUUACUUCCACAUGUAACACUCCCUAAAUCAUCAUCAUCAGCAUGACAUUAUUACUGAUGCAAAGACCUCUUCCUUUAUGAAAAAGUAUCAAAGUACAUAAUUAAAGGAUAUUAUAAGAACAAGA